GAAGCAUAAGCUCAGAAGUUAUCAUUAGCAUUUGAAGUUCACAUCAGUUGAAAUGUAUCUCAGAAAUAAUAUUUUCAUUGUUCUUUUGGCCUUUUUUGUUGGUCUUACCGUGAUUGAAGGGGUUCAAGUUUUCACUGGAAUUCAAAGCACCAAGCCAUCAUGGAUACAAGGCAGUAAAAAUCCCCAUCUUCAACCUCAGUAUCCAACUCAACCGAUACCAGAAUAUCCAUCGGAAUAUCCAUCAGAAUACACGCCAUACUACCCACCUCAAUACACACCGCCAUAUCCAACACAGGGUAGACCUCAGAAUCCACCGCAACAGAAACCAACAUUUACAACCCCGACUAAGCCUCAACAAUCAACGCCUUCACAGCCACCGCCACCGCCGCCAAUUCAACAUCAACAUCCAGUCCAUCAUCAUAAUCAAAUAUUAAAUCCGUCCAUAAAACCAACCCCGUCGUCAGCGUCGUAUCCGAUCCCAGCUUUGGAACAGUACAACCAUAGAUUUCCCGAUGGCAGUUACGAAUUUAGAUAUGAACUUCCCGACGAAACCGUUCGCUAUGAAAGAGGUUAUUUCAUCCAAUUCCAUCACAAGAAAAGCAUAGUCGUGAGAGGAUAUUACUCUUAUAGGCUUCCUGGAGCAGGCUAUUUGACUGUGUUUUACACAGCCGAUCAAUAUGGAUAUCGACAAGAUUCAUAUGGAAUAACACCACAACGACCUCAAUUGCCACGUUCUUUGGGUGAGAGGAGAAUAUUAGAUGGUGAAGAGUCAUUAAAAAGCGAAUCGAGUAUCAAUGAUAACAAAUUAUAA